AUGGUUACUUCAAUGAAGACAGUGUUGAGCUUUACAUUGAGAAGGUUGCCAACAGAGGUCUCUGUGCCAUUUCGAGGAAGAGUCUCUCCGUUACAAGCUCAUCGGUGGUGUUGUCGUUCCCAGGCUUGCUAUGGUGUCUUGAGAUUCGUCAUGGAGAAUGGAGCUAAGGGAUGUGAGGUAAUUGUAAGUGGAAAGCUUGGUGCAGCACGUGCCAAAUCCAUGAAAUUCAAGGACGGUUACAUGGUCACCCUACCAAAGAAUACAUCGACUCCGCAGUCAGACAAACAUGUUCUGCUUAGUCAAGUGAAAGUUCGAUACAUUAACAACUUUGAUCCUUAG